CGCCAGGCUGAGGUCAUGAGGUCACCACAUACGAGGGAGUAUAAAAGCCCCAGAGCACCGGCGGGGAUACGUCAGUUAACACACAACUCCUGUCGGCGACUUGCACACUGCAGCUUCGAAAACACAAUGAAGGUCCUUCUUCUUCUGUGCCUUUUGGGCGUCGCCUUGGCCGCUCCCCAGCUCCGAACGCAGCAACAGGAGGAUGAGGACACCCCCGAACCAUACAACUUCACUGUGUUGGUCGCCGAUGAUGAACUCGGGAACCACCAGGAGAGGGUCGAGUCGCAGGACGAAAACGGGGUCGUCCAGGGGCAGUACGCGUGGGUCGAUGCCGGCGGCGUCCGUCACGUGACCACGUACUCUGCUGACCCCGUGAAUGGCUUCGUGAGCAACACCGUGCAGGAGCAGACUGACAUCCGCGUGGUGGUGCCCCAGCCAAACCCUGGCCCUUAAACAGCUCAUCGUUCCUACAAACUUCUUUUACCUUCACAACUUCCCCACCCUAUCACACAGCCCACCAUGAAGUUGUUGAAUCUGAUUUCCUAGAACAAUUAUGGCAAAAAAUACAAAUAAAAACAAUAAAAACACUUGAUGUCACAGCUGUUCAGUAAUACCUGGCAUUCUUGCGUCAUCUUCAGUCAGACUGCUUUUGAACAUUGCUUUUCCUCUCUCUCUCUCUCUCUCUCUCUCUCUCUCUCUCUCUCUCUCUCUCUCUCUCUCUCUCUCUCUCUCUCUCUCUCUCUCUCUCUCUCUCUCUGUCUCUCUCUCUCUCUCUCUCUCUUUCUCCUUUCCGAUACAACACGACAUGAGAUAACACCAAAAUAUUUGUCAUUUUCUUUUCUGUGCCUUGUGGGAUCGGUAAAGGAUUAUGCCUUUGGAUUUAUUCAUUAUUGUUUUUAUUAUGGCUGUUUAUUUUCAUCGGUUGAUUUUUUUUCUCUACCUUUCUCUCUGCAUGAUGAAUUUCUCGAGGCCAGCAAAGGUGGAGGGACGCAGAGGAGAGGUGUAGAUAAUGUAAAUAUUCAGACUAUUUUCUUUAUCUCGAAAAUCAAAUGCGACCUCUUCUCUUUCUUCCCGUCAUCUUAUUCAGUUUAAGUCAUACUUCCUGUCUUAAUCUCAUGUUCAUCUUAUCAUUACUAUCAGACUUAUUUAUCACUGCGUGUUACCUAUUCUUUAUUUAGCCUUUGUGUUUUCAUCUCUUGACUUAUGUAUAGGAUACGAAACAUAUAGUUAUAAGAUCUGACAUGUACACACACACACACACGAUCUCUUCUCCUCUCGCAUCUUAAGGAAACUUCUAGAACAUCCCACUUAUGCGAACGGCAGAAGUCAUUCUUCUCCUUCUUGGCGCGUCUCAUUCUUUGCAUUGUUAUAUUCUUCAAGUUGUUUGUUUAUUGCCACAAGAGAUUCCUGUUCGUGUUGAAAGCUUUUUGGCAAAUCAUGCAUGUUCGCGGACUCUGUCUGCAUCUCCUGCCCGGCUUUGUGCGCGUGUGGGCGAGUACAAAUAAAUAUUGGCUGCUGC